CGCCACCCUCCCCGCGUGCGACGGCAGCGUGGCCUGCGGCGGACAUGGGGGACGCGCUGGAGGAGCCCUGGUGGGAGGCGCAGCCCGGGGCUGGCAGCAGUAGUAGCAGCCCAGAGCCUUCAACCGGAUUGGGCUAGAGUUCGCGUGGAAGGAACUCUUGUCUGCUUUUCUUCUUUCCUGUCUGUAACUGCAACUCAAGCAAGUUUUCCUGCCUGCACCGCGACCAUCUAUGGUGUAAGAACACUUCUUUCACUGGUUUUGCCUUUUAUGGAUUCCUCAGUUGAUCAUUCUGAUGAUGAUGAAGUGGAAAAAGCAACCACUACAACUAGAGCGAUGAAACAAGACAUGGUCUCCAAACCUGCUACAUCAAAGAAAAGAAAACAGCCUGCAGAAUGCUUUCUGACUCAGCCUGAAAAACAAGGAGAAAGCACUGAGAAGACAAAAAGGAGAAGGAAGAAGAAAAUUUCUGAUGUUCUUGCAAAAUCAUCUCUUAAACCAGGAGUCCCUGAGGACCUGCAAAAUCUACUUAAUCGGCAUUUUGGUACUAAACGUUCAGUAAUUGAACUAGAAGAAUUAAAACUGCCAGAUUCCUGUUUCCUGCCAGCCAAUGACCUCACCCACAGUUUUUCUUCAUACUUGAAAGAAAUCUGUCCCAAAUGGGUAAAGCUUCGUAAAACUCACAAGGAGAAGAAGUCGGUGUUGAUGCUGAUUCUUUGCAGCUCUGCUCUCCGUUCCCUGGAGCUUAUUAAGUCAAUGACAGCAUUCAAAGGAGACUGCAAAGUUCUGAAAUUGUUUGCAAAACACAUAAAGAUAAAAGACCAGAUGAGCCUGCUGGAGAAAGGGGUCACCCACCUGGGUGUUGGGACACCUGGGAGGAUCAAAGCGCUAGUAGAGCAAGAUGGCCUUAGCUUGAACUCUUUGAAAUAUCUGAUUUUGGAUUGGAACUGGAGAGAUCAGAAGUUAAGGAGAAUGAUUGAUAUCCCUGAGAUAAAGAAAGAAACAAUCGACCUUCUGGAAAUGGGCAUUAUAAAGCUGUGCCAAGAGGGCUCUGUGAAGCUGGGACUCUUUUAGUGGUGUAACUAACUGGGAUGACUUUUGCAGGUGUAUUUCACGUAUUGUGUUGUCUGUUAUUACCAACUGUGCAAUGGCUGACUGGAUUCUGAUGUUCCAUUCUCCAGGUGCUUAGCAGAAAUACCUACUUUGGGAGCUCCCUUUUCUUUUUAUAAUAAAGUAAAGAUCACACCCCCCCCCACCCCCAAACAGGAGAGGGUGUAGUUUUUGUGUA